CCAAAGAUGUACCGAAUUGCUGUUCUGCUAGUGGCCCUGGUUGCCUGCAGUAGCCUCGCGGAGGCUUUGGUGACUCAUCCCUGCUCAAACGGACGUCCCCAUCCAGAUAGUGUGGAGAUCACCGGAUGCUCGCAGAUGCCCUGCGAUCUGAUUCGUGGUAGUGAUGUCGGAAUGCGUCUAGAGUGGGAAUCACCUUUCAAUGCCGCAACACUGCAGUAUCGCGUGGUGGCUACGGCUCUCGGUAUCACCGCCCCCUAUGAAUUGCCGCCGGAUCGUGCUGCUGCCUGCAACUGGCUCUCGGGAUCAGCUUGCCCAAUCAGCCAGGGUGAAGACAUUGUCAGCACUCUCAGCAUGCCGGUGUUGCCGAUCUACCCGCUGGUUUCCUUAGUCGUAGAAGUUAGUGUGCUGGACGAGCAGGCACGUACACUCACGUGCUUUGCUGUGGAUGCUCGUGUGGUUGUUCGUAUAAAAACGACUGCCAAAAUUUGGCUACCUUGUCAAACGUGGCAGCUCAUUGGCGGUAGCAGCAAGUCUAGAAAACCUUUCACAACAAACAUCACUCAACAAGCAACAAUGUUCCGUGCCAUUCUUCUGAUUGCACUCGUGCCGGCCGUUGUGUACGGUAACGUUGGCCGUGCCUGCACCGGCGGACGUCCGCUGGCCACCAAUGUGAACAUUUUAGGAUGCAGCACUCCGCCAUGCGAUCUGGUUCGUGGCCAGGAUGUGAUCGCUUACAUCGAUUUCACCACUGACCGUGCUGUGACCAGCAUGCGAACUGUCCCGACGGCCACUGCUCUUGGCAUUACCGCACCCUACCCGUUACCCGCUGAGUUCGCUGAUACCUGCGCCUGGCUUGAGGGCUCCAGCUGUCCGUUAAGUGCCAACGAAGACGUUACUUACCGUCUAACGAUUCCGGUGUUACCAAUCUAUCCGCUGGUUAGUCUGGUCAUUGAAAUCGAUAUUGUGGACAAUAAUGACCAAUCUGUCACUUGCUUCUUGGUUGAUGCUCAAGUCGUUGCGGCUAACUAAGUGAUAAU